AUGAGAGUCCGGGGACCUCUGCCUGCGCUGCUCGCCGCGUCUCUGCUCGGCCUCGUGCUGAGUCAGACCACACUGUCCCCUCUCACUGAUACCACACUCAGUGACAAUGUGACUGCUCUGACCACCCCCCUGGACCUGCUGAGCACCACCCCCAGCCCACCCAUCAGCACCACCCCAGGGUGCUCUGCCUUCAACACAUCCUCAUGUGAGCUGUGCGCACCAGGAUCACAGUACGACAACAACACGCUGUUGUGUGCCUGCUGCUCUGAGCCUGGCCUCUGUCUGUUCCCUGGGGCCUGCCUGCAGUGUCCUGUGGGCUCCUUUCAGCCUCUGGCAGGACAGCAGCAGUGUCUGCCCUGUGCCCGUGGCUUCUACUCUAAUCUGACAGGGAGCCCCCUGUGUCAUGGCUGUCCUUUAGGCUCCUUCAACAACAUCACCGGAGCAGACAGCUGCAUCAGCUGCUCACCAGGCUCCUUCUCAGCUCUGCAGAGCUCUACAUCUUGUUCACCAUGUUCACCGGGAACCUUUUGCAACUCUUCUGGAUGCCCCAAGUGUCAGACAUGUCCUGCCGGUCGGGAGGCUCUGCAGAGCGCUGCCACAGACUGUACUCUGUGUCGUCCAGGCAUGCACAAGCCCGCUCACCUGACCAUGUGCCAAAUCUGCAGCAGUGGCUCUUACCAGAUCCACUGGGGCCAGGAGCAGUGUGACGUCUGCCCAGAGAACCACUAUUGUCCCAGUCCAGAUGUGACUCCCAUCCAGUGUCCCAGCGAUGCCUUCUGUCCUCAGGGCAGUCUGGCCCCUGGUUACUGCAUGGAGACCUUCUUCAGAAAGGCAGGGGACACUUGUGAACUGGCCCCUGUCACUAUAGCUCUGCUCGUUGUUGGAGGAGGAGUGGCCCUACUCUUCAUCAUCCUCAUGCUGCUGCGUCGCCGCAAAGACACUGACGGGGAGCUGUCUGUGGCUCGGACGCCUCUGCUGCGGAAAGAGCGUCCUCAGGGCCGAUACUACGGCAUCCCCUGUGACGCGGAGCCCGUAUUGCUGGAAAACAUGGCUGCCACAUUUGGAAGGAGAGUCUGUGGUUUGUUGAGGCCGAUCGCAGUUUCUCUGGGCAGGAGGGUGGAUCGAGUGGGUCAUCUGUCCAGCGCUGUUCCCCCGCGGGUGUGCAGCUCUGUCUACCCCAGGACAUGCGACCCUCUGCGGGCUUCUCUCCUCACUGUGCAAACCAGCAUCCUCCAAAGAGUGACUGCUCUUGUUCCCAGCUUGACUCUGCAGCCCGCCAGAAGUAUCACGUACUACAGCGUGACGACAGGGAAGAGGAAGUCGUGCAAGUCGGUCACAGAACGAUUCAUGAGGCUGCACUGUGGCCUGUGGAUCCGUCGCAAGGCCGGGUACAAGAAGAAGCUGUGGAAGAAGCUCCCUGCCAGACGGCGGCGCCUGAGGGAGCAUGUCAUCUGUAACAAGACCCAGAGCAAACUUCUGGACAAGAUGACCACCUCAUUCUGGAAAAGGAGGAACUGGUUUCUCAACGAUCCAUAUCUGACCUAUCAUGACCGGAACAACCUCAAAGUCUAA